AUGCCGCCUGCUGUUCAGCCCAACCCAUCAUCGCCGCCUACAUUAACCUUGGUACUGACAAGCACAUCCACCAGUGAUGUCAAGGAAGACCAAGAAUGCAGUCUGUCACCCUUCAUCUUGCAGAACUUGUCUGAAAACGACACGGAACAAUCUUAUCACGCAGUUCAAAUGGCAUCAAGAAACUACUGUUUUGCUCACAACACUUAUUAUGUGUUGAGCUGGUGUCCCAAUUGUAAAUUUCACAUUUGA